UCCUCUGGUAGCUCGCACGGUUGAUACACUGGUUUAAUCCAUUUAUCUUCAACCGACACCCGGGGAGAAGCUGUGCAGCUCUUCAAAUAGCCGUGUUAGUUAUUUACCAGCCGGUGUCCGCUCCGUUACCGUGCCUCCACCAUGGCGAGCUACCAUAAACCGGACGAGAAGACACUGCAGGGCCUGAAAGACAUCGCUAACAAGUUACGGAUCAACUCGGUCAAGGCAACAUGCGCCUCCAACUCCGGUCACCCCACCACAUGUUGCAGUGCCGCAGAGCUGAUGUCCGUGCUGUUCUUCCACACGAUGCGUUACAAAGCCACCGACCCACGCAACCAGUGCAACGACCGCUUCGUACUUUCCAAGGGUCAUGCUGCACCAAUCCUGUACGCUGCCUGGGCUGAGGCGGGCUUUGUGAAGGAGGCUGACCUGAUUAACCUUAGGAAGAUAGACUCUGACCUGGAGGGUCACCCCACACCCAAACUGGAGUUUGUUGACGUGGCAACGGGGUCUCUGGGACAGGGGCUGGGGGCCGCCUGCGGCAUGGCCUACACUGGGAAACACUUCGACAAGUCCAGUUACCGUGUGUACUGCAUGCUGGGUGAUGGGGAGUGCUCUGAGGGGGCUGUCUGGGAAGCCAUGGCGUUCGGUUCCCACUACAACCUGGAUAACCUGGUGGCCGUUAUUGACGCUAACCGCCUGGGACAGAGUGAAGCUGCUCCUCUCAAACACGACAUGGACGUUUACCGCCGGCGCUGCGAAGCUUUCGGGUGGAACACGUAUGUGGUGGAUGGUCAUGACGUUGAGGAGCUGUGUAAAGCUCUGUGGCAGGCCCAGCAGGUGAAGGGGAAACCCACUAUGAUCGUCGCCAAGACCUUCAAGGGUCGAGGACUCAAAGGCAUAGAGAACACAGAUAACUGGCAUGGGAAGCCCAUGCCAAAGGACCGGGCCGAGGAGGUCAUUAAAGACUUAGAGUCUCAGAUUCAGAACCCCAACAAGACCAUCUGCCCCGAGCUACCUAACGAAGAUACCGCUCCCGCUGACCUCUCACCAAUCACCCUGUCUAGCCCUCCCAAUUACAAGAUCGGAGACAAGGUGGCUACUCGUAAGGCGUAUGGCGUGGCCCUGGCUAAACUGGGUCAGUCCAGUCCGAGGGUGGUGGCUCUGGACGCUGACAUGAAGAACUCUACCUUCUCUGAGAUGUUCCACAAGGCCUACCCUGAACGCUUCGUAGAGUGCUUCAUCGCUGAGCAGAACAUGGUGAGCGUGGCGAUCGGCUGUGCCACACGGGACCGCACGGUGGCGUUCGCCAGCACCUUCGCUGCCUUCCUGUCCCGGGCUUACGACCAUAUCAGAAUGGCCGCCGUCUCAGAGUCUAACAUCAACCUGGCGGGGUCACACUGUGGAGUCUCUAUCGGUGAGGAUGGCCCCUCCCAGAUGGCAUUGGAAGACAUUGCCAUGUUUCGCGCUAUCCCAACAUGCACUCUGUUCUACCCCAGUGAUGGCGUCUCCACCGAGAGGUCUGUGGAGCUGGCUGCUAACACCAAGGGAAUCUGUUUCCUCCGCAUCACCAGACCAGAACUAAAGGUGAUCUACGACCCCAACGAGAAGUUUGAGGUGGGCGUGGCCAAGGUGCUGCGUCAGUCCGACAGCGACCAGGUGACUGUGAUUGGAGCUGGUGUGACUCUGCAUGAAGCCCUGACUGCUGCUGACCAGCUGGCCAGCGAGGGAGUGAACAUCCGUGUGAUUGACCCGUUCACCAUCAAGCCUCUGGAUGCCGCCACCAUUGUGUCGAGCGCCCGCGCCACCGGAGGGAGAAUCAUCACCGUGGAGGACCACUACAGAGAGGGUGGUCUUGGGGAGGCGGUGCUGUCUGCGGUGGGGGAGGAGCCUGGUAUCAUGGUGACGCGCCUGGCGGUGAACCGUAUACCCCGGAGUGGAAAACCUCAGGAGCUCCUGGACCUGUACGGCAUCAGCGCCAAACACAUCGCCAAUGCCGUGCGCCAGACCUUCGCUAACUGAAACGGGCCCUGGUUUAAAGUAGUGCACUAUAUAGGGGGACAUUUGGGAUAAACACAACUUUUCUCUGCUCUCAUACCACCUGUCACCCCCCCCCUCCCUCUCUGACCUGUCCCCCCCCCCCCCCUCUCUG